AUGGCGCCCAUCUGGAAAGACGAUGUCACGCAUGUUGAGGAUCAAAGGGACUCUCAAAACAAGGACACAGGACCGGCUUUGAAGCUCGGGGCGGAUGGUUUGCCUUUGGAGCCCCAGCCUACCGACCACAAGGAUGACCCAUUGAACUGGCCCAAGUGGUACAAGUAUUAUGUCUUGCUUUUGCUGUGCACCCUGGCAUUUGUUGUGCAAUUCGGAGCCGGAAUGGUCCCAGCCGCUUUCAAAGUGAUUGCAGAGGAUCUUCAAGUCACUAAGCAGCAAGCCAGCUAUCUGACAACAACUUAUACCCUUUUUGGUGGUGUGACACCACUUCUUAUAACCCCAUACGUGAACCUGUAUGGACGGAGGCCAGCGUAUCUUGUCUUCACAUUGAUUGCCUUAGCUGGGAAUAUUGGGUCGGGCUAUGCUUCCACCUAUGCACGGGAGAUUGUUUCUCGCUGCUUUGUAGGGAUUGGCUCAAGUGUAGCCUUGGCGAUUGGGGGAGCUACUAUUUGCGAUAUUUUCUUCCAGGGGGAGCGUGGGCGUUUCAUUGGGUUCUACGCUCUCGCUCUGACGAAUGGGCCCCAUUUUGGUCCCAUUGCCGGCGGUUUUAUUGCCCUGAAUCUCGGAUGGCGAUGGAUCUUCUUUAUUAACGCCAUCAUGCUGGGUGGGGUCCUUGCUGUCUUCAUAAUCUCCUUCCCGGAAACACUCUUCUCCCGAACAGAAUUCAGCAACCUCGAAAAUCACAGCUACUGGAAUCGCUUUGCCUUCCACAAGAAGGUGCUGAAUCGAGAUUUACGCUUGUCUGAUUUCACCAAUAAUUUUAAAAUGCUGAAAUACUGGGCUGUCGUUGUCCCUUGCGUCUAUUAUAUGACGACAAAUACGUACGGGUCCAUCGUCUUCGUCCUCACCAUGUCCAGUAUUACCGACCAGCUCUAUCAUUUCGAUACAGCUCAAACCGGGCUUCUGCUGGGCGUGCCUUUGACUCUCGGGUGCCUGAUCGGCGAGUCGUGUACGGGCUGGAUCUCCGACCAGCUAAUUAACCGCUACGCCCGUCUCCACGAUGGAUACCGGAAGCCGGAAGUGCGUCUCUGCCUUGCCUAUCUCGGUCUUUUCUUGCCCGUAGGUCUAAUAAUCUUCGGCGUUUGUGUAUCAAAAGACACGCCUUGGAUCGCGCUUGCGGUUGGCAUGGUCGUCACCUCGAUCGGGGUGCAGGCGGGAACCACUCUCACUUACUCUUAUUGCAACGACUGCUAUAAGCCCCAGGCUGCCGAGAUUUCGACCAUUAUCAACCUAUUUCGGCAAACCUUUGCGUUCACUAUUGGCUUCUAUGCCCUCCCGUUUGGUGAGCGUGCUGGCUUCGCAGCUUCAAUGGGCACCUUUGCUGCGAUUAAUUUUUUGACCUGGAUUCCGCUGCUCGUGCUGAUGUGGAAAGGACAGGAGAUCCGGGCUCGCCAGGGAGAACCCAAUAUGCACAAAGAUCUCUGA